AUGUCGCGAAAUUGUAUCGGAAAUCUAUCACCGAUUCAACGAAAACUUUUAACAAAACGAAGAUGUCAAUCUACAUUCAAACCACUCAGUGGAUUGAAUAAAAAUAUCCGAAAAAGAACAUACUUAAAAAGAUUAAAUGAUAAUAAUUCUUUAAAACCACAUCAAAUUGAAUGUGAACGAUUGAAGGAAAUUCUACCAACUGUUGCAAACUGUGAAAAUUUGGAUGAAGUGAAAAUUAUUCAAGAAGCAAUAAAGCAUAUAAACUAUUUAGAACAAGCAGUACUUCGACGAUUAAAUAUUAUCAAUGUAGAAACUUCAAUUGAAAACAGUAAUCUCCAUUCUUCCUCAUUGUCAUCAUCCUCCUUACUUCCAGCGUUCAUUUUUAAAUUAUUAUCUAGUCAGAAUAAUCCAUCACAAUCAAUAUCAGAAGAGAAUUUGCUUUUUCAUGCUAAUACUUCUUAUCAUAACAGGCCUCAACUAAAUAAUAAUUACAUAACUGAUGAUAAUUUUUUAUCAAAAUCCUAUGAAUAUUUAAAUUCCAAUGGUAGUACACCAUAUCAGACAGAUGAUGAUAUUGAUCAACUGGGGUAA